UAAACCAGUGUUUGCUGUCGCUGCGGCAUAUUUUUCAGCAAGAGCCGAAGAAAACACUCCGUCGCGAAUCGAUUCACUUCAGCUGCGUAGCUCAAUUGUGCCAAUAUGCAGAUCUUUGUGAAAACCCUCACUGGCAAAACCAUUACCCUUGAGGUGGAGCCCAGCGACACUAUUGAGAAUGUUAAAGCCAAGAUCCAAGAUAAGGAGGGCAUUCCCCCCGAUCAGCAGAGGCUGAUCUUUGCUGGCAAACAGCUUGAAGAUGGCCGCACCCUCUCCGACUACAACAUCCAGAAAGAAUCCACCCUCCAUCUUGUCCUGCGUCUGAGGGGUGGUAUGCAGAUCUUUGUGAAAACCCUCACUGGGAAGACCAUCACUCUGGAGGUGGAGCCCAGUGACACCAUUGAAAACGUGAAGGCCAAGAUCCAGGACAAGGAAGGCAUUCCCCCAGAUCAGCAGAGGCUGAUCUUCGCCGGCAAGCAGCUUGAAGAUGGCCGCACCCUCUCUGACUACAACAUCCAGAAAGAAUCUACCCUCCAUCUUGUCCUGCGUCUGAGAGGUGGUAUGCAGAUCUUUGUGAAAACCCUCACUGGGAAGACAAUUACUCUGGAGGUGGAGCCCAGUGACACUAUUGAAAACGUGAAGGCCAAGAUCCAGGACAAGGAAGGCAUUCCCCCAGAUCAGCAGAGGCUGAUCUUCGCCGGCAAGCAGCUUGAAGAUGGCCGCACCCUCUCCGACUACAACAUCCAGAAAGAAUCCACCCUCCAUCUUGUCCUGCGUCUGAGGGGUGGUAUGCAGAUCUUUGUGAAAACCCUCACUGGGAAGACCAUCACUCUGGAGGUGGAGCCCAGUGACACUAUUGAAAACGUGAAGGCCAAGAUCCAGGACAAGGAAGGCAUUCCCCCAGAUCAGCAGAGGCUGAUCUUCGCCGGCAAGCAGCUUGAAGAUGGCCGCACCCUCUCCGACUACAACAUCCAGAAAGAAUCCACCCUCCAUCUUGUCCUGCGUCUGAGGGGUGGUAUGCAGAUCUUUGUGAAAACCCUCACUGGGAAGACCAUCACUCUGGAGGUGGAGCCCAGUGACACCAUUGAAAACGUGAAGGCCAAGAUCCAGGACAAGGAAGGCAUUCCCCCAGAUCAGCAGAGGCUGAUCUUCGCCGGCAAGCAGCUUGAAGAUGGCCGCACCCUCUCCGACUACAACAUCCAGAAAGAAUCCACCCUCCAUCUUGUCCUGCGUCUGAGGGGUGGUAUGCAGAUCUUUGUGAAAACCCUCACUGGGAAGACCAUCACUCUGGAGGUGGAGCCCAGUGACACCAUUGAAAACGUGAAGGCCAAGAUCCAGGACAAGGAAGGCAUUCCCCCAGAUCAGCAGAGGCUGAUCUUUGCUGGCAAGCAGCUUGAAGAUGGCCGCACCCUCUCCGACUACAACAUCCAGAAAGAAUCUACCCUCCAUCUUGUCCUGCGUCUGAGAGGUGGUAUGCAGAUCUUUGUAAAAACCCUCACUGGGAAGACCAUCACUCUGGAGGUGGAGCCCAGUGACACCAUUGAAAAUGUGAAGGCCAAGAUCCAGGACAAGGAAGGCAUUCCCCCAGAUCAGCAGAGGCUGAUCUUUGCUGGCAAGCAGCUUGAAGAUGGCCGCACCCUCUCUGACUACAACAUCCAGAAAGAAUCCACCCUCCAUCUUGUGCUGCGUCUGAGGGGUGGCCAGUAAUUUAUGAUUCCAUGUUCUUGACAAAUUGCAAACAUGUUAUGACAUACAAUGUCCUUACUGUUACACAUGGUGUCCUAAAAUGACCAAAUAUUUGAACCACAUAAUAAACCUAAUAAAGGAAUAAACGUUGA